UUUUUUUUUCUCUCUCAGCUGAUAUAGUGACGCAGCGCGUGCAGCUGAAUACCGAACACACUGUAAACAGGGUUCGCUCUGCGCUUGUUUUGCCGGUGGAGCUCAUUAACUAGACCGCAGUGGCACAACGGUGCCUUACAGUGGGAUUGUACUGUUAGAAAAUCUAUGCUUGUGGGCGGCGAGGAAACAUACUGACGCUGGAGUGUGUGUGGCAGUCACGAAGAAGAACGGGAGACCGUAUUCCAAGCACCGUUAACAUAAGAGAGUCAUUGUCGCUCCAAACGGCAGCAGGGGGGUGUAGUGAGGAGUGACACAAGGCGACAUGGUGGAUUACUACAACAUCCUGGGUGUGUCCAGAACAGCCACUCAGGACGACAUCAAGAAAGCGUACAGAAAACUGGCCCUGAAAUGGCAUCCUGAUAAAAAUCUAGACAACAAGGAGGAAGCAGAGAGAAAGUUCAAAGAGCUGGCAGAGGCCUAUGAAGUCCUAUCUGACAAGAGUAGGCGUGAUGCAUAUGACAGAUGUGGAAAUGACAGAAUGCGACAGACAGGUUCAUCCAGCUCGGGCUUUUCAUCAGAUUUCCCAGGAUUCACCUUCACAUUCCGCAGUCCUGAUGAGGUGUUCAGAGAGUUUUUCGGUGGUCAGGAUCCCUUCGCUAGUUUCUUUGAUGACUUCUCAUCGUUUGGAGGCUCUUCCUCUCGGCUUGGCCCCAGUCGGGUCCAUUCUUUUCCAUCAACUGGAGUUCAGUUUACCUCCUUCUCCUCUUCUUUUGGUGGUCUGAACAGCAUGGACAGCAUGAUUGGAGGGAUGGGCAACUUCAGAUCAGUUUCUACCUCCACUCGUAUCAUAAAUGGCAAACGUACCACCACCAAGAAGAUAAAGGAGAACGGGCAGGAAAGAAUAGAAAUCGAGGAGGAUGGGGUGUUAAAGAGAGUCUUAAUUAAUGAUGUGGAAGAUGAAAUGGCCCUCGCUCUGGAGCUGAGCCGUCGAGAAGGACAGUCCCCUUCGAAGCCAGGAAUCCAAAACAGAUCACCAGCUGAGGUCAACAGAUCCCAUCCCAGCCCUUAUUCUGCAGCCACACAUCGGUCAUUUAGUUCUGCCCCCUUCUACAACUGUGGUGGGACUGUGGCAGGCAGUGAGGAUGAUGAAGAUGAUGAAGACCUGCAGAUGGCUUUGGCAUGCAGCCUAUCAGAAAUGGAAGCACAGCAGAGAGCAGCUACCGACUUCAUAUCAGACUCAGACUUCGAGGCCUUCACAAGCUAACCUGAUUGACUCAUGCUGCUCUGUGCCCUAACCCUGCCCUGAGGUCAAAGGUCAGUUCCCUAUGAUGCACUUGUCUCUGCCCACCAUGGCUCCUACCUGCUGAAUGACACAAAAUAAACACAAAUGUGUGUUUUA